AUGAACACACAUCUCUCGGAACGGUUUGGGCGUGGCGGUCGCUUUCGCAACACAUACAAUGCCUUGACCUCUGCCCUCGACAACGGCCUUGAUCUCAAUUUGAACAUGGAUAUCCGCCAAUAUGUCCAAAAACAGGAACAGAUCAAACAUUAUUCGGAAAAAGACGCCUGGCUGUCGCAGCCCGAGAUACCCACAGGCGAGGAAUUGGCAGUGGCGGAAGCCGCGCUCCCACCUAACAAGCUGGACGCCCCUUGGAGGUCGAAGGAUAGAUAUCUUCGAACUCAAUAUGCGCUGCUGCGUGAAGACGCAGUGGGAAACCUUCGCGAUGCUGUACAUGAUUUUCUCGAGGAUCCUGCCACUGGCGACACGCCGAAAUUCUCGGUUUACGAUCAGGUCUACAUUCUCGGUUUCACCUUCGCUAGAAGGGGCCUUGCUGCUAGGAUUCGGUUUUCCACACAACGAGUGGGAAAACGCAUUUUGUGGCAGACUAGCAAACGACUGACCAGCGGCUCCAUCGUGGCCCUGGUACGAGCUAAGGACAAGCUGACCGAUCUGAGUGGACUCGUGGUUGGAGUUGUUGCAGCGAGACCGCUAGCUGGGGUUUUAUGCCAACCGCCGCAGAUUGACAUAUACUUCGGCCGCCCCGAAGACGUUCAAAUCGAUCCACAAGAGGAAUGGCUCCUGAUCGAAGCAAAGCAGGGAUACUUUGAGGCUUACCGUCACUCACUGCGGGCGUUGCAGAAGCUCAGUCAAGAACCUUUCCCCUUGUCCAGCGAGAUUUGCCAGUUUUCCACGACCGGCGAGCCGCCUGCUUAUAUUCAGGAGAAUCCGCGUCUUGACAUUUCUGCAGCUGCAAACCCUGAGCAGAAAAAGGAAUAUUCCGACAUCGACGUGACCAAAGACUGGCCCCUUCCACCGAAUGACACGCUUGAUGACACUCAAUGGAAAGCACUGCAAGAAAUCAUCAUAAAACGUCUCGCCAUCAUUCAGGGGCCUCCUGGCUGUGGAAAGACCUACAUCUCGAAGAUUGCAGUGCAAAUCCUGAUAGACAAUCGCAAAAAGGAUGACCCGCCAAUCAUCAUUGCAGCACAGACGAACCACGCCCUUGAUCAGCUUUUGGCACACAUCUCUCACUUCGAACCCGAAUAUAUACGGCUGGGCGGCAGAAGUACAGACCCUGAAGUCAAGAAACGUGCUCUAUUCGAAAUCCGCCAACAGGAGCGGAUCAAGCAAAUCCCCGGUGGCCUUCUAGGGAAGUCCAAUCACCUCCUUAGCAAACAAGCAAGAGCCAUGAUUGCGAUCCUUGCUCCAAUUGCGAAACCCGGACCCGAUCCUUUUUCCACAGACCUCGUUUCCGGGCCGCAAACCCUUGUUCAACUUGGUAUUAUGACAAAUGACCAGGCGAAGUCUCUCGAGGAGGCUGCGUCUCGAUGGGUCUCCACCAGUGAUAAUGUGGACGGGCCGUUGAAACUAUGGCUUGAUCGCGCCAUAGUGCCGUUUGAGGUGAAAUAUGCUCAGGACGACUUCGGAUUUGAGGACGGGGUUGAAGAAGAUGAUUUGGAAUUCGAGCAACUCAGAGAAACCGAAGAUGCGACUGGCGUCAACGAUGAGGAAGAUAUCGAGUUACUGAAGGGGCCAUGGUUGGAGCUGCGUGAGAGGUUUACGGUCCCGUCAUGCGCCCCUAGCGAUAUUGCAAGAGCCGAACAGAUCUUGGCUUCGCCGGCGACUACCGACCUUUGGAAGGUACCACAUUCUCUACGUGGGGCCCUGUUCUCCGUCAUACAGUUGAAAGCCAAAGAUGCCAUUGCGGUGAAGUUUCGUGAAGCAGCAGCAGUCUACGACAAGCUCGUCAGGGACAGCCUUGUUGGCAAAUGGGAACAAGACUGUGUCUAUCUGGCUCGUGCCAAGAUCAUCGGCAUGACCACAACGGGUCUGAGCAAGUAUCGCCCCCUGAUUUCGGCGCUCAAACCCAAGGUCAUCCUCAUCGAAGAGGCUGCCGAGGUCUUGGAAGCUCCAGUCACGGUGGCUUGCAUCCCCAGCCUCCAGCAUCUCAUCCUCGUUGGAGAUCACCAGCAACUCCAAGGGCAUUGCAGUGUACAGGACCUGGAAAACGACCCUUUCUUCCUGAACAUUUCCCUCUUUGAGAGAUUGGUCAAGAACAACAUGCCAUACAAGACUUUGCUUCGACAACGUCGUAUGGAUCCAGAAUUCCGCCGACUUAUUGCUGGUCUGUACCCGGGCUUGACAGACCAUCCAAGCGUCAUCGACCGCCAUGUCGCUCCUUGGGGGAUGGGGCCCAUCAAAUCCUUCUUCUUCAGUCAUCAAUGGUCUGAAUACAGAGAUGAAUCGCAGAGCGUCUACAACGAAGAGGAGGCGAAGUUCAUUGCCGGCUUCUACCGCCAUCUGUUCAAGAAUGGUAUCGCACCCGAGCACAUCACUGUCCUUACAUUCUACAACGGACAGCGCAAGAAAAUCCUCCGAGAACUGAAAGCCUUCCCCGAGUUCAAGGAAUCAUACUGCUCGGUCAAAACGGUCGACUCAUACCAAGGCGAAGAGAACCACAUUAUCAUCCUGUCCCUUGUUCGAAGCAACCCCGAAGGUAAGAUUGGUUUUCUGGCAAACAUCAACAGAGUCUGUGUGGCUAUGUCAAGGGCGAAGCACGGUUUUUACAUGUUCGGGAAUGCUCAGGUUCUCAUGCAAGGAAGCCUUCUCUGGUACAACAUCGUGAAUAUGCUGAACGCCAGUCCGAAACGCUUAGGUCCGGUUCUUCCUAUCCAGUGCAAGAACCACCAGACCACGAUGCUCAUGCAAUUCCCAGAGGAUUGGGAAGGCACCGAGGGAGGGUGUUCGAAGCCAUGCGAGACUCGCCUGCAGUGCGGUCAUGCAUGUCCAUUGCUGUGUCACCCAUUCCCUCAUGAAGAGGUCCAAUGUCCGGAAGAGUGUAAGAAUACCCUCCUUUGUGGCCACGGAUGCGAGAACACCUGCUCUCAACCCUGUAACUGUACCUGUGAGGAGUUCGCCCGGUUCAAGCGUGAAGAGGUCGCUAGAGCUUGGACUGCCUCCCAUGCGUCGGCAUCGACAGGUGAAGCCAUGAAGGAGAACCAAGAGUCCAAGGGUCUCAACAAUGGUCAGCAUACACCCCCGAAUGGCAGCGCAACUUACUUACAGCAGCAGUUUUCCGGCCUACGUAACCGUGAUCCCACCUAUCAAGACAUGAGGUACACGGCAAAUCCUACCGACAUGCAACGACAGCAUCCGUCACCCGGCAAAUUACGCCAGUUAGUCAAUAGUUCACAAAGUCCCAAAUCAGAAGGAGCCAUCAACCCCCUUCACUUGUCACCAGGAAAUCAUAUCGAACGUCGUGGGGAUUGGACCGUUUUUGCGAAAGGAGGAGUUGUUGCCGAUGAUGAACGGAAGGCAGCCAUCGGACAAGUGAGUCGCAGACUCGAAUACGAUGAGUCGUCUCGGAACAUCCUUACAUCCCAUGAUUCACCACCAAGACUUGUCAACGCUGGCCCCGACGCCUCCGGAACUGUAAACGUAUCGCCGAUCAAGAAAGAAACCAUCACAAUCAUGAGAGAUGGAAGAAGCAGAUUUAUGCACGACUACGUACCUGCCGCAUCCCUAGGACAUGAAGGCCUGGAAGCAAGAGGGGACGUCGGCAUCGCGGAGGUCGAUCGUGGGCAGCAGAUUCUAGUGCCGCAUCUGAGAGGUGGAGGCCAUACAGAGCCGCAGGGCUUGUCAAAUGGUGAAGAAAGCUCAGACGGUGCUGUGGCUCAAGAUGGCAUCCCUAGCAUUGCAGAGGACGCGUGGUCUUCGCUGCCCAGGAGCGAGCACAAGGCUGGCAGUGGGAUCAUCAACGAACUGAGCGCGUUGGAUGCAUACUUUCGCACACAGUAA